UUGCGUCCGGCCCCUCCGACUGGACUUCCUUCCGGUUGCAUUCGCGCGCAGCUUGUCGCCGUCGCUGUGUCGAGGAGCUCCGUGGGAGACCGGGACCGCGCGCAGUCCUCAGCACAGGACGCUCACACAACGAUUCUGUCCGGGGAGCUCUAGCAGCGCUGCGGCGACAUGUCGCGAUCAUCGUCCAUGCCGCGGGUGUACAUCGGCCGCCUGAGCCACCGAGCGCGGGAGCGGGACGUGGAGCGAUUCUUCAAGGGGUUCGGCAAGAUCGUGGAGGUGGAUCUGAAAAACGGGUAUGGUUUUGUGGAGUUUGAGGAUCUUCGUGAUGCAGAUGAUGCAGUGUACGAAAUGAAUGGGAGAGACCUCUGUGGAGAGCGAGUUAUUGUGGAACAUGCACGUGCUCCAAGGAGGGAUACCCGCAGCGGUUAUGGAUAUCGUAAAAGCAGCAGUGACAAGUUUGGUCCUCCAAUACGCACAAUGUACCGACUGAGGGUGGAGAACCUUUCUACACGAUGUAGCUGGCAGGACCUUAAGGAUUUCAUGCGCCAGGCUGGAGAGGUAACCUUUGCUGACGCUCAUCAGCGACGUCAAAAUGAAGGAGUCAUUGAGUUCCGUUCUUACUCUGACAUGAGACGGGCCCUAGAGAAGCUGGAUGGAACAGAGGUUAAUGGACGUAGAAUACGACUUGUGGAGGAUAGGGCUGGCUCUUGGGUUAAGCGUUCUUCUUCCCGCAGUCGCUCACGAUCCCGGUCAAGAAGAAGCAGAAGCAGCCACUCCAGAUCCAGGUCACGGUCUCGCAGCAGGAGCAGACGGCGGGAAAGGAGCAGGAGUCGCAGCAAGGAGAGGGAGAGCAGGAGUCGCAGCAAGGAGAGGGAGAGCAGGAGUCGCAGCAAGGGCCGUGGGAAGGAUGGCAGUGAAGAAAGAGAAGGAAGUCGAAGUAGAAGUAAGGGAAGAAGGGAGAGGGACAGUCAAAGUCGUAGUAAGGAGAGAGAAAGCAGGAGCAAAGAGAGAAGCAGAAGUCGUAGCAAUGAGAGACUGGAAAGAAGCAAAAGUCAUAGCAAGGAGAGGGAAAGCAGAGAAAGGGAAAGUAGAAGCAAAAGCAAAGAGAAUAGAGACAGCCAAAGUAAAGAGCGGAGCAGGAGCAAGGAAAGAGAAAGGGAUAGUGCAAGUAAAGAAAGAAGUCAAAGUAAAGAAAAGAGGGAAAGAGAGGGUAGUCGGAGCAAAGAGAGAAGCCGAAGCAAAGACCGUAAGGAACGGGACAGAAGCAAGGAGAGGCGUAGCCGCAGUAGGGAAGGGAGAGACAGCAAUAGGAGUAAGCAUAAGAGAGAGAACCGGAGCAGAGAGAGAAGCCGCAGCAGAGACAAGAGACGAAGGAGUGGACGUAGCAGACGCAGUCGCAGCAGGGAAAGAAGUGGUAAGCGUAGCCGUACUGAAAGAAGCCGAAGCAGGGAUAGGUCCAAGAAAAUCAAGAAAGAGGACACUAUUGCUCUUACUACAGAAUCUGACCAGGAAGUUGAAAUUGAGGAGGGAGAAACCAUUGUAACUGCAGCUGAGGACGAUCCUGAGCCUCUUCCACCACCACCACCACCAUCACCACCACCUCCUGAAAUCACUGUUGCUGAAGAGUCUGAGGAGGAAGCCAUGAAUGUUGGCGAUCCUAAAGAAGCUGACAGUUCCUCUCCUAAACCACGCUCUAGAUCUGCCUCUCCAGUAGAGGCAUAAUUUUGCCUCUCAUCGUGUUAGAGGUGGUCCUUCUUAACCCCCUUAUGGGCUGUUUUAUAUUUAUUUCAGGAAUUGAAACUUUUUUUUUUUAUAUAUAAUAUAAUUCUGAUCUGUUUAGAGCCUUGCCCCGUUCAAAUGUUCUUCUUACCUGAAACACAAGGCAGAUGUUUAUACAUAGCUGUCAAUCUUAAAGCAGCUCUCUAUACUCAAUCCGUCGGCUUCAUCCAAGUAGUUGUGGCUGAAGGUUGUUUCCUUUUAGAAAUGGCAUAGAGGAAAAGUGUGAGAGUGAAAAGGAGUUGAAUGUGUUAUCACAAACUACCAAAUGUAAUAAAUCGUCUUGCGCGUGUGCUGCUUUAAUGCAGACCAGAACCUCUGCCAUGUAACAAUUACAUUAAAUGUUUAGAGGUGUUUAAAAAAAACAAUACUUAGUGAGCCUGCUGGAAUAUAACCGGUAGUGUAGAGGGUUUUCUUUAUAAACGCACUGUACAUUAUUGCAUUGCUGUCCAGUUUUUUUAAUUUUUAUUUUUUUGUGAUUUGUUCUUGUCUUUGUUGGUAAGAACCCUCCUGGAUUCAUGAUAUUUGAAUAAAGAGUAUUUUUGCUUGAGUA